GACCAUGUGCCCCUCCCGCAACCUCCCCAGGGUGUUGAUCUCCGCCUCAGCUUGGGUUCUUUCUCUUUCACUUUUCUAUUAGCUGGGGUUGGGACUCCCCGGCUGGAAAGCACUUGGGGGAAAUCGGGGAAACCCCAGCUGAUUUGCUCCUUGUGCCUCGAUUGCUCACGCUGCCUGCAGCCCUGCGUCCUGCACCCUUCAACCAGAACCCGAUGGAGGUACAGAAUAGGAGGUCGUAGUACUGGUGGCGGUGGAACAACAAUGGAAUUUUUUUCCGAAAGCCUACGCCCCGGGCCCCUCCCAGCUCUGGCUCUGCUCAGGCACCCUCCAGCUGCAGGCCAGGCCGCCCCGCCCUCUUGACCAAGACUUCAAUACUCAUUGGCACUGUACGCAGAGUGUUUCCCCUUCUGUCCAGCCAUUCUUCUCCGGAGUUCUCUUCUCUAUCCUCCCCUUGCAGAGUAGGGCAGCUUGCGGGUCCUCCUGCCAGUCUCUCCCAAUCGUCUGCGUCCAAAGGCUUGCAGUGCAUCUCGUUACGCGCUGCAGGGACCUUGCCAGGGCAGGAUUUGGGGGAGCAACCCGUAUCUGGCUGCCCCCGCCCAGUUGCAGAGUUGAAAGAAGACGGGAUCCUGCUGUGUUUGGAAGGCUGAGUUCCACAUCUAACCGAGCUCAGAGAGAAUCCACUUUGACACAUGACCCUCUGGCUCUUCAAAGCAAUGUCUCUUCAUGGCCCAUGCUGGUGAGGUCCUUCAGAGCACAGAAGCCCAUGUCAGCAGAUAACCAGCCUACAGGAGGACAAGAGGUGUUCUGGAUGGAUGGCAGCUGGAAGCCCAUCGCCAUAGCCAGCUCAUCUUCAACACUGAAGCACUUACCUGGGCAUUAAGUAAUGAAAAUUUUGAAACCAUAUAUGAAGAAUACAUCCAUCUCAUGCUACUUGUGUUUCCUUCUAAACAGUCACUUUUUAACCGAGGCUGGCAUUCAUGUCUUCAUUUUGGGCUGUGUCAGUGUAGGUCUCCCUAAAACAGAGGCCAACUGGAUAGAUGUAAGAUAUGACCUGGAGAAAAUUGAAAGUCUUAUUCAAUCUAUUCACAUUGAUACCACUUUAUACACUGAGAGUGACUUUCAUCCCAGUUGCAAAGUUACCGCAAUGAACUGCUUUCUCCUGGAAUUACAGGUUAUAUUACAUGAGUACAGUAACUUGACUCUUAAUGAAACAAUCCGAAAUGUGCUCUACCUUGCAAACAGCACUCUGUCUUCUAACAAGAAUGUAGCAGAAUCUGGCUGCAAGGAAUGUGAGGAACUGGAGGAGAAAACCUUCACAGAGUUUUUGCAGAGCUUUAUACGUAUUGUCCAAAUGUUCAUCAACACGUCCUGACUGCAUGAGAGCCUCUUCAGUGUUAUUAAGAGACCUCUGCCUGCUGCGCGGAGGCAGCAUAGCUCCGUGCAUUUGCAAUCUGCUGGGAAAACACAGCUUCCUAACCAGAAUCUGAUGAUCCACUUGGAUCACAUGAACUCUCCGAAAUGAGGAGAGGAAAAGAGCUCUUGGAUUUAUUUUUGCUUGCUUGUUUUUAAUUUAUUACUUCAGUUGUACAUAUUUUGUAAUAUAACAGAUGUGGAAUAAAAUUGUAUGCAUAUUUUAUCAACUGAAAUUUAA